AUCGCCUCCCACCUCUUCGAGCGGCCCAUUCGACAUGGACGAGAGGUCCAACGGCCAGCCACAAGCCCCCCAGACCGUGUCCGCGAAGAACCCCAAGGCUGCAGCCGCCAUGGCCAACGACAUGAACAUCGUGCGCCGGAAGCUCACCGGCUACGUUGGAUUCGCGAAUCUGCCAAAUCAAUGGCACCGCAAAAGUGUGCGCAAGGGUUUCAACUUCAACGUCAUGGUUGUCGGCGAGUCUGGCCUCGGAAAGUCUACCCUAGUAAACACUCUUUUCAACACCUCGCUAUACCCGCCCAAGGAGCGCAAGCCCCCGUCCCUCGACAUCUCCAAGACCGUGUCCGUACAGUCCAUCAGCGCCGACAUUGAGGAGAACGGCGUCCGUCUGCGGUUGACCGUUGUCGACACUCCCGGUUUCGGCGACUUCAUCAACAACGAUGAGUCCUGGGAUCCCAUUGUCAAGAACAUUGAGCAGCGAUUCGAUGCCUACCUCGAGGCCGAGAACAAGGUCAACCGCAUGAACGUUGUCGACAACCGCAUCCACGCUGUUGUCUACUUCAUCCAGCCCACUGGCCACUCCCUGAAGCCCCUCGACAUUGAGGUUAUGAAGAAGCUCCACACCAAGGUCAAUCUGAUUCCCGUCAUCGCCAAGGCCGAUACCGUCACUGAUGAUGACCUGGACAACUACAAGAAGAGGAUCCUUGCCGAUAUUGCGUACCACAAAAUCCAGAUCUUCGAGGGCCCCCGCUACGAGCUUGACGACGAGGAGACCAUUGCCGAGAACCAGGAGAUCAUGAGCAAGGUCCCCUUCGCCGUUGUUGGAUCCAAUACCGAGGUGACCACCCCAGAUGGCCGCAAGGUUAGGGGCCGACAGCUUCCAUGGGGUGUUGUUGAGGUCGACAACGAGGAGCACUGCGACUUCGUCAAGCUACGACAAAUGCUUAUCCGCACCCACAUGGAGGAGCUCAAGGAGAACACCAACAAUGCGCUCUACGAGAACUACCGAUCUGAGAAGCUCACUUCCAUGGGUGUCCAGCAAGACUCGACCGUCUUCAAGGAGGUCAACCCGGCGGUCAAGCAGGAAGAGGAGCGCUCGCUGCACGAACAGAAGCUCCAGAAGAUGGAGAUGGAAAUGAAGAUGGUGUUCCAGCAGAAGGUGCAGGAGAAGGAGAGCAAGCUGCGACAGAGCGAAGAGGAGCUGUACGCCCGCCACAAGGAGAUGAAGGACCAACUCGACCGCCAGCGCAUGGAGCUGGAAGAGAAGAAGUCCCGCAUCGAGUCAGGGCGGCCGAUAGAAGAGAAGGGCAAGAGGAAGGGUUUCUCCCUCCGCUAAGCACCGGCGGCCUAGCAGUCGGCUUGCACCUCGUCGCCACGCGUGUCGCACAGGUCAAGCAGCACACGAGCCUCUUCACCCUUCUCAUCUCCCUCUUACCAGACCUUGUUUAAUAUAAUGCCUCUUGACGAUAUCACUGGGUGCUAUCGACAAAAAGCAUACUCCUAAGCGGUCAGCUCUUGGGGAUGAAGCACGACGAUGUCAUCUCUUGGUCAGUUGUCCGGGUCGUUGAUUGAUACCAACAUGUUUGCGCUCUCUUGCGGGUUUCCCUUACUUCUCUUCGCUUUCUUAUUAUUUAGUAGCUGGGCAGCUGUUCUUCAGAGGGCGGAGGGGAGAAUGUGAGGGACAGCUUCUUUACAUGUAUUCUACACAUUAUCCUAGUAGCGAAUUUCAUUUGUGGGCAACGGAUG